AUGGCCCCGACUAUCAUACAGUGGAUCCUGGAUACACGGCAUUUAUGGCCGGAGGCCACUGAAACGAAGCAACUCGAGCAAGUCGCUUCUCGAGCCCUCGAACUCCUCAAACCCGAGGAACGGAAGGCGGUGCUAAAGUACUACCACGUCCGCGACGCGAAGCUGUCUCUGGGCUCGCAUCUCCUGAAACGUUACGCUAUCAGCCGCUUCUGCGGCAUCCCCUGGCCCGAGGCCACCGCCGUCCGCGACGAGCGUACCAAACCCAUCUUCCGCGCCGCUGAUGGCACCACCCCGUUGAGCUUCAAUGUAAGCCACCAGGCAGGCCUCGUCGCGCUCUUCGCAGUCCACGGCUAUGACGCCACUAACGGUCCGGUGGAUGUUGGCGUUGAUGUGGUCUGCACUUCGGAGCGCCGUUCAAGGGACCAUGCCAUGCUGAGAAACGAGGGUUGGCCCAAGUUCGUUGACAUCCACGCCGAUGUGCUAUCCCCUCUGGAGGCGAACUUCCUCAAAUGGCAGGUGCUUGCGGACAUCCCGCCGGGGUUGAAGCCCGGCGCUUCGAUCGAGGAUGCUGCCGACUUCAAACUGCGGUGCUUCUAUGCGCUUUGGUGUUUGAGGGAGGCGUAUGUCAAGAUGACGGGCGAUGCGCUUCUUGCGCCGUGGCUGGCUGAACUGCAAUUCAAGAAGUUCAGGCCGCCGGCUCCGGCGGAGAGUUUCGAGGCCGAUGGUGAGGCAGUCACGGAACAUGAUAUUGUGUUUAAGGGCACCAAAAUUGAGGAUGUGAAGGUGUCUCUCAGAGCCUUGGGUCCCGAUUACAUGACAUGCUCCGCUGUCCGGACGCCGCAGCGCAAAGAGGACGGGUUGGCUUUUGAGCUGGGCCCAUACAAGAUGCUGGAUAUAGACGAAGUGCUGGCGUUUGGCGAGAGCCAUUUAAGCUGUUGA